CGUUUCAACGAUCAGUUUGAUAGCAGCCGUUGGAGAGAUCAUAAAGCGGAUCUUUAUCCAGAAAGAAGGACAUCCUACGAUUAACUACCCUGUUUUGACGUCCGCGGUUCUCUGCAACCGCCGAAGAGAUCAUUCGAGAAUCGUGAUCCUGUAGAGACAAUAAAUUGACUGCCGUUUACCAUUACCGAUUCAGAGUGAAAACCAUCCGGAGUUAUCCUUCAAUAUGCUUGCAGUAUUUCUGCUGUUAAUACCUACGCUUUGGGGAGAUGAAACCGAAGCUAAUGUUCUCGUGGCAGACACCACAAUGUCCAGAAUGGUUGAACUGCAAGCCAGUGCACCCUUCUGCUCCUUGUACACCGACCGUGGUGUUAUUCAGAAAAUGAUCCUUGGAGCUGACCCGAAAAAGGUCCGACAAAUGUCGGCGAACCUCGUAGCAGACUUGGAAGAAACGUGUAAAGCUUCUCGUGAAAAGGGAAAGAACCAACCUCCAGGCAGUGGACUGAUCUAUCCAGGCACAAAAUGGUGUGGACCAGGUACUUUGGCAAAAUCGUACGACGACCUUGGUCACCAUGCAAGCGAGGACGCUUGUUGCAGAGAACACGACCACUGUCCGAUCACGAUAUCGCCUAAAGAGUGCAUUAAUGGCAUAUGCAACCAUUCACCGUUCACACGGUCCCACUGUGACUGCGAUGCCAAGUUCCGUAGAUGCCUGCAGAACAUUAAUUCCGAAGUGGCGAACACCCUUGGUGCCCUUUUCUUCAACGUGAUACAAGUGACUUGCUUUCAGGAGAGGCGUCCGUGCUCGCAAUGGCAGAGAAAUGGUUACGCGGAAGAGGAGUCGAACCGGUUGUGCUCCCAGUACAAAUUCCGACCAAGCGACAAGUACGUGCCGUUGAUGCCCUUGAACGUGAACUAGCUAUUGCGGAAACGCAAGAAGAACGGACCAGAUAGCCUUUGAAGUGGUGCCAGUUAACAGAGUUCUAAUGAGCGGGAUAAUUGCACGCGCCUCAGCCACGUACCUCGCAAGCCCCUUUUCUUUCUUUCAUGCAGAACCGACCUGUCUGGGAAUCUUCUUUCCUGGUCAUUCAUGAAUUUACAUUGUUACAGGUCACUGCUUCCCCUGGAAUGCCAUUUUUUCUCGCUGACUCUGAGAUUGCUCUUGAAAUCUAAAGAUUUAAUUCCUGGUGAAUGUAAAAGGUAUUAGGCUUCUUUCUUCGUUUUUCUGGCUUAUUCCAAGUAAAAGAAAAAGAGAAAUAAGACGAGAUUUCUUAGAUUUUAUAGAAUUAAAGAUUUCUUGGAAAAUCUUGACAGAAAGAUAUGGGAAUAUCUAUUUUCUUUUCUAUCUCAAAUGGAAGAAAAAGAAAAAGAACUUGGUGUUUCUUAGCUCUUGUAGAAUUAAACAUUCCUUUUAAAAGUCUUCGAGAAUUUAGAAGCUAUAAAAAUCUACAAACUACUGUUAUCCUUGAGUAGAACAAGAUGAAUUAGAGGGUAACAACAGAUAGGUUCAUAACGGCCUGAAAGCGAGAAACGGCUAUGCAAAUGUUAACACCUGUCGUCCUUGCAAUUUUGUUGCAGCACGUGCGAGGUUAGUCGUGUGUUGCUACGAAAAUUUAUUUUGCCCUUCGUUUCAUAAUCUUGAAAUGAAGCGUAGAAAAGGUAUUGUGCAAUAUUUCGAAUGCCCUUGAAAAGAAAUUGGAGCAAAACUUGAAAAAAAAGGACUGCAAACUUCAAGGGCGUCACAUAUAAGUAAUUGAAUCAAAUUUAUAUUACGGACAAAAUAAUUCAUAAUUUUACUGCUCAAUAUUACUCUUUUAACGUGUUCCUAACUUUAAAAGUGACGGUUUAGCUGAUCAACCUUCGUAGAAAGAACAAGAGAAAGUUAUUCACCGCAAACAUACAAAGUAGUGAGAACUUAGUUUGUUUUUUGGUAAAUUUAAAUUGAAGCAAAGUUCAGCAACAGGAAGAAAUAAGAUACAGUAUGAUUAUUGAAUAAUUGCUUGAAUAGUUGCUCGAUUGAAUGCGAUAAAGGAAGGUUUUAUCAGAACUAUGGUACCGAAAUAAAGUUCGCGUCUCUUGCAUAUCAUUCGUCGCCAUUGCCGUUACGCAAAUGUAUGCAAUUGCAUAAAGACGCGCGGCAUUGGCUACGAUCCUUCUUAGAUUAGGAUUAUCCAUCAAGUUGAUGCGGAGAAAGUUGAAAGGAAUUUAUUAAAAUUUAUUACAAAUCUCUAAACAGUACUGUAAUAACGCAUCGAAUUAAAUUCUUUUAUGAAGUAACAGACAAUGUUAGUUCUACAUUAACUUGAUGGAUUUACAACGUACCAAUGAAUUCCACUAUGUUUACGAUUUUUCUAUCCUCUUUGAUAGCUUAGACUUUGAAACUUGUGCAUUCAACGAAUUUCUAUCUCAUUUAAGACAUUUUUAAGGCCGCUCGUGUACCCGAUGCAAGAUAAAAUUAGCACCAGAGAUAACAAUGCGGAUUAAAUAUUCAAGAAUCAUGAAAGAUUAUGAUUCGUUUUAUUCGCACUGCUCAAAAUAGUCUGGAAGACACUUGAUCAAACAGAUUCGUUAUUCCUUAUUUUCGCUGUGAAUGCUACACAAGUUGAGUUCAAUGUCUGAGCCUCAUUAAAUAUUUCAUAUUCUCGUCUAGCUGUAUAUCUUACGUCCUAGAACUUGAAAAACAUGUUGACACUGAAAUGCCCUUGACGCUUUUAUCUUUCACGUAACUCUCGAAUCUUCUUUUAACUUGUUAACCAAGGAGAUAACUCGUCAUUCCUACAAUAAUUUCUUUAUUUGGAGAUUCUCCGUUCUUUUAUUAGCUUCAUUUCUGCUAAAAAAGAAAACAAACAAUUGUUUAGUAUCUCUUCAACAAAAAUUGUUUAAGACAAGCAAAGGUUUAAAAAUUGUUCAAUGAACUAUUGAAAAGAAUUCUUAUACCUUUUCAUCCUGAACAGAAAAUUUUCGUCUUUUGGCUUUGUUUUAACAAUAUUUUACUAUAAAAAAAGAAUACUGAUUAUUUUGAGCAGUGGUCGAGAAAGAAAACGAAGACAUCAGAGAGAACAGAAUGACGACGGCCCUGCACAAUCUUUACUGUGAUCGAAAUUAUUCAGACGUAAGCAUGUUGUACAGUUUUACUCGUGUAGAGGUAUGUUAUAAGCAACCGACCGUUAUUUGUGGCUACUCGUGCCCAAAUAAUCGAUGAGGCAUUGAGAGUGCCGGAAGUUGUCGCUGGACGAGGAUUAUCCGGAUUUUGUAAAUAUUUCGAGAAGGUCAGCCGGGGAAGAGUGCAAUCGAUUGAACGUGUCACAUUGAUGUUAUGUUGAGAAUAUCUCAGUGACAUUUUAUUUCCUGAAGACCUUCGGUUGACCAAAGGUACAGUGAACUCAACAAAUUCGAGACAAACUGAAAGAAAAGUUGGAUUAUGCCAGUUUCAAAGACUCGUACAAUGGCUCACGAAAGUAUUUGGAUUAUCAUUAGACUGCGGAUUUUUAUACAAAUUUAUACGUUUAUGAACGUAAUUGAAAAAAAUAGAGCUUAAAUAGAGAUUUCUCCUGUCUAUUAAAAAUUAUAAGAAAUACUCUACUUUGGAUAUUUUAUAUACUUUUGUAUCUAACAUAAAUUCUGUGCAUUUUUGUAUCUUUAAAUUUUGCACAAAUACAUAAAAAUUCGCAGUGUAUCGUAUAACACGCAUAAUAUUUAAUAGUUUUAUAGUACAUACUUGGAAUUGACAAUUCAAGUGAUGGAUGGACUGCAGAUUUUUAUGCAUUUAUUCGAAAUUAAAAGAUAAAAUAUUCGAAGUAGUGUAGAUAUUAUAAUAUUUAGUAAGUGAAACUUUACUUUUUUCCAUGAAGACAUGAAUUUGUAUAAAUAUCCGCAGCCUAGCUAUAGAUAACACAAUUGAAAAAAUUUGUUUAAUGUGAAAUUUAUCUAUGAAUAGACCGGAUCUUCGAGAUUAAGCUGUAUCAAUGAAUGUGAGAUGGAGUAAUAUGUAUUAACAUAUAUCCAAUUAAGUUUUCCAUUAUAAUAAGUACAAUAUCAUAAUAUACUCAUUUUUAAUCUUUGCACGCGAUAAUGUCGCUUAUAUUACAUUACUUAUAUAUAUUUUAAUCUAAAAUAGACAUUCUCACAGAGAAUAUGCAUGUUAUCAUAAAGAAAUGGUAUUAAUUUUGCACGAUUCUUCAUACAUUUAUCUUUGGAAUUUGAUAAAAAUCUUGAUACAUUAUCAAAGACUAGUUUAAGGUAUACAUAUAUCUGAGAUGUAAUAAACUGCAUCUGUAUUGAUUUCUGUUAAAUCAAAGACCAAAAGUAUUGUGAAAAAUAAACGACUACCUCCUUAUCAACUAAUUUUCCUAUCUUUAAAUAAACAUUAAUUCUGGAAAAUGUU